GAGUGGAGGGAAGGGGGGGGGGGGGUCCAGUGGGAGGGAUCUCGCGAUUGUUGGACUUUUUUUCUGGGGGGGAGAGUUAUUCGGAAGAUGGCGCCCGUUGUUACGGGGAAGUUCGGUGAGCGGCCUCAGCCUCAGCGUUUGACCAGGGAGGCUAUGAGGAGUUACUUGAAGGAGAAGGACGACCAGACGGUGCUCAUUCUACACGCCAAAGUGGCCCAGAAGUCAUACGGCAACGAAAAGAGGUUCUUCUGCCCCCCGCCGUGCGUGUACCUGAUGGGCGGCGGCUGGCAGAAGAAGCUGGAGCGGCUGGAGAGGGAGGGCUGCACGGAGCACGAGGCCCAGGCGUGCGCCUUCAUCGGCAUCGGCAACAGCGAGCAGGAGAUGCAGCAGCUCAACCUGGAGGGGAAGCACUUUUGCACCGCCAAGACGCUGUACAUCAGCGACUCGGACAAAAGGAAGCACUUCAUGCUGUCGGUGAAGAUGCUGUACGGCAACGGCGCCAACAUCGGCGUCUUCCUCAGCAGGCGGAUCAAGGUCAUCUCCAAGCCCUCCAAGAAGAAGCAGUCGCUGAAGAAUGCCGACCUGUGUAUAGCCUCGGGGACGAAGGUGGCGCUGUUCAACCGCCUGCGCUCCCAAACGGUCAGCACCAGGUACCUUCACGUGGAGGGGGGGAACUUCCACGCCAGCUCCCAGCAGUGGGGGGCCUUCUACAUCCACCUCUUGGACGAUGAAGAGUCUGAGGGGGAGGAGUUUGCCGUGAGAGACGGCUACGUUCACUAUGGUCAGACGGUCAAGCUGGUCUGCUCCGUUACUGGGAUGGCGCUGCCCAGACUGGUCAUUCGCAAAGUGGACAAGCAGGCGGCGCUGAUGGACGCAGACGACCCGGUGUCGCAGCUCCACAAGUGUGCCUUCUACCUGAAAGACACAGACAAGAUGUACCUGUGCCUCUCCCAGGAGAGGAUCAUCCAGUUCCAAGCCUCACCGUGCACCAAAGAGGCCAACAGAGACAUUAUCAACGACGGAGCCUCCUGGACCAUAAUCAGCACUGACAAGGCGGAGUACACCUUCUACGAGGGGAUGGGCCCCGUCUCCACCCCGGUCACGCCGGUCCCUGUGGUGGAGAGUCUGCAGUUAAACGGCGGAGGGGACGUGGCCAUGCUGGAGCUGACGGGGCAAAACUUCACCCCCAACCUCCGGGUGUGGUUUGGCGACGUGGAGGCCGACACCAUGUACAGGUGCGGCGAGAGCGUGCUGUGCGUGGUGCCGGACAUCUCCGCCUUCAGAGAGGGAUGGCGGUGGGUGCGGCAGCCGGUGCAGGUGCCCGUCACGCUGGUCCGCAACGACGGCAUCAUCUACUCCACCUCCCUCACCUUCACCUACACCCCCGAGCCGGGCCCGCGGCCGCACUGCGGCGCCGCCGGCAGCAUCCUGCGCUCGCGCAGCGCGUCGUCGUCCUCGCCGGCGUCGUCGUCCUCGCCGGCGUCGGCGUCCUCGCUGGGCGGCCUCGCCGACAGCCAGGGGCCGUACAUCAGCACUGACUCGGGCCUGGCGACCAUGGCGGUGCUGUCGUAGUGCCGGCGUGUCCGCUGGGAGGGAGUCGGUGGGAAGACGAGUGCGCGCGCGCGCUCCCCAAAGAGGGUGAUGGACCUGUGGAGAGUCGCACGGCAUCUCACGAACUCUUCGUCGAAGAAGAAAACGGCGGCAUCACGAGAAAUGCGAGAGCUGAGAACGAGACACGGCUUCCCCCUUUAGCGCCCUCUGGUGGAAAGCUCUGGACCCACAGCUCAAAGAUGAUUCAUCUGUCUUUUACUCUCUCAGCAACCUGCUUUUUGAAUGAACCUUUUCUAGUCACCUGUGGAUUAGAAAGUACUUACUUUCUUCUAACAGGGUGAUGUUUUUACUGAUAAGCUUGUUGAUCUAUCACAUGUUCAAGGGAAACAUUUUGUUGUCAGAGUAACAUAGUUUUUAUGGACCAAGGAAUAUUAUAUUAUUUUAUUCAUAUUAUAUUUUAUAAGCUUUCUGAGGUACAUUUUGACUUUUUUGUAUCAUACUAAAUAGUAAGUUCAUGUUUGUUAAUGUUUUUGUCUUCUUAUUCCUACAGCGGUUAUGGUGGGUAUGACGUGGUUGUACCUGUAACUGUCUGACAGUAGCUUCUUUCCUUUUCUCUUCAGCUCUUUCUAAUCUGCUCCGGUGUGUUUUAGAUCUAGUUACCAGACUACAUAAUCAUUUCUUUCAUUACAGAACUGAAAACAAUCUGACAUGCUGUAAGCAGUGAUACGGAAAUGACCUGGCUGCGCUUUUUUUAAUGAAAACAUGUUUGUAUCUGUCUGCAGGAGCUGCUUUAGUAGUUCAUGAGUCUCUUAUCAUGCUUUAGAUGAGCAUAGUGUAUGUGUGUAUAAUUGUGUUUUGAGAGACAAACAUGAACGUUCUCUAACCAAUGUGCCCUUUUUUUAGCCGGAUCAGUCUCAGUCACCACAGCCCCGCAAACAGCCGUAAAGCCUUGAAACUAAAUAAUUAAAGCUAAAGAAUCUGGAAAUCUGGAUGAGAAAAAUCUGGGAUGCUAUGUAGCUGUUGUUUGUUAUUGUCUUUUUUUUUUGUUGUUCUCAUUUAAAGAGGCCCGUUGUCAUUUCAGUUUUGAAAAGAUGAUCAGAUGAUUGGGAGGUGAAUCAGAGCUGUCAACGUGUAGGUUCAUUUAUACAUCACCAACAAUCCAUUAGCUCUUCUUCAUCUUCUCAUCUUGUUCUGUCUCACUCUCAGUGUACAUGAACAUAAUGUGGACGCUUAUAUAUGUGUUGUAUGUCUGAAUCCAUUAACGGUGCAAAUAUGUGCUAUUGUUUUUGCACACCUUUAAAAGUCUCUACCUAUCAACUAAUGGGUUUUCCCACAGUGCACGCGCUCAGUGGACCUCGUUAUCGGGUGCUUAGUCAGCAGUGCCUUGCUUUGUUGUGUGUCCUGCUCAAGCCGUCGCAUGGCUGCGAAUGCCAACACGGCCAGGUGCAGGUGUUAAGUCGGGGUCGUGAGGUCAGACUGACAUUCUCAUUCAUGCGUUUAUGGGAUACACACUUCUCAUUUCCUGCCUUUGUUUCUAAUAAUUCUUUCUGUAAUAUAUUUCAACAUGGUGUAUUUCUCUUUCAUAACUAAAUGGUUCUUCAGUGAACAGGCCAUAAAACUCGGUUUUAAUUUGAAUAUUA